CAGGCCUUCGCCCGCUCUCGGGGACGCGAGCUGCCACCUGCAUCACGGGAGGCCCCGCCUCCGCCUGCACCUUCUCCUACCAGGAAACGAGACGGCGCGGGCCUCGGGCUCCUUUCCCCACUCCCGGGAGCCUGAACCCCCACUGGGAAAGCCAGGCCUCCAGCUUCCUUUGACACGCGUCCUGAAAGGUUACCGGAUUUGUACCCGGAGUGGGUUCUGCAGGGAUAGGUCCAUGGUUGCCCGUUUCACAUCAUGAAUAUGAACGGGGCUGGACACCUAGAACCGAAUUAUUAAUACUUCAGACAGAAUUCUGUUCCCAAGAACAAAUCGCUUUGAGAUGUAAAACCCGAGAAAACUUCAUCUCUAGCGCUUUUCUCUCUAAAAUGCCAACAAGACCCAACAACAUACUGACACCGAUCUGGUGCCUGGGGGUGUUGGUGGGGGCACGAGCCUCUAGGCAGACCAAGCUGAAGUAGAGCAGGGAGGUUGUUUGGGAGCUUGGUCAAGUCAACACACUCCAAUCCAAUGCCAAAAGCAUGAGCAGAGGGAAUGGGGUCAGGGCGCAGAACCUGGGAAAAAGCCUGCGUGGCUCGAUUUAAGAAAAUUUUUAUUAGGCAUGCGGAUGGAUGCUUUUCAUUUGGGGCCCAAGGCAAAUAAAAGAAAAUGGGCCCCAGCUCUGGAGGAUGUUCCAGCUUCGAACUAGCAGCCAGGACCAAACCGGACAUAGCAUUCAGAGUUGAGAGAAAAAGAAGCGGGCUCCGUUGUGCCUGAGUUUCCUUGCGGGGUCCCCCAGCUGCUUUGCGCCUGGUAACUGCGUCCCGGGGAGUGACUAGGUGGUUGGGCGUCCGGCUCUGGCGUGCGCGGGGUUCCUCUCCGGAAGGUGGGCAGCGCGGCGGGUUUGGGAUGAGCGUGCACCCGGGCUCCGGCCCGGAGAAGUGGGGGCUCGCAGGAUUUCUCCUGCUGUUUGCACUGAAAGGUGUGUUGGCUCGGGAGCUGCUUUUCCGGGGAUCUGCAGUUGCCCCCGCCACCUCCUGGCUGCGGUUGGCAGGUCCCUCCCUCAGCGGUUCGUCCUCCGCCGGCGCCGCGCCCUGGGCAGCUCCGCGCCCCGGGCCUCACCUGUGGCCUCCUUUCGCCUCCCUGCACCUGGCCUUUUCCUUUGACCCUUCAGAACCUUCGGCUUCGUUCCCCGCAGCCGGUAUUCUCCGAGCCCCCCUGCACCUCUCAGUUACCUCCAGUGGGAACCCCUCCCCCCCACCGACUCCGCGCCCUUUACCUCUCUGAGCCCUUUCCCCGUCUGGCCUCGUCUACCCUCUGGGUGGCAACCGCCUCUUCCCCGCCCCUCGCGUCUCCCCUUCCUCCUCCCUCGCCCUCGCCUAUCCAUUCAUCCAGCCAUUGUCUCCCGCCUCUUCCUCCCCCUCCCCAAGCGGCCUCCUCCCCCACUGCUGCCACGUCGUGGUUUGAAGGAGCCAAUGGGCCGGCGCCGCCAGGUGUCUCUUACCUGCACCACGUGGGGGAGGGGGAAGGGGCGGGCAGGUAGAGCCACAUCCCAAAACAGAAAAGCUUUCAGCCAUUGCGUGCCUCCCGGGGGUGCAGCCUUGCUCCAGGCUUUUUGCAUAGACGCCCGGGCAACUGAAUACAAAAAGGGCAGGCCUCCUGCGCCCUCCUUCCCACCCCCCUUCCUGCCCUGGGCGUGGAGCACCGACCAGGUGUGGGCUUGGGUGGUUGGUUACCGCCUUUUGCGCUAGCAGUAGCGAGGAAGGGGGGUGGGCGCUCUUUCUUUUUCUCUUAGAAGAGGGUUUAGCACAGGUUUUUUCGUUCUCACUUCCACACCACCUUACCGCCUCCCGACCCCCCCCCUUCUCCCCCUCCCCACCUAUCGUCAUGACUGCCUCUCCGGAUUACUUGGUGGUGCUUUUUGGGAUCACUGCUGGGGCCACCGGGGCCAAGCUAGGCUCGGAUGAGAAGGAGCUGAUCCUGCUGUUCUGGAAAGUCGUGGAUCUGGCCAACAAGAAGGUGGGACAGUUGCACGAAGUACUAGUUAGACCGGAUCAGUUGGAACUGACGGAGGACUGCAAAGAAGAAACUAAAAUAGACGUCGAAAGCCUGUCCUCGGCGUCGCAGCUGGACCAAGCCCUCCGACAGUUUAACCAGUCAGUGAGCAAUGAACUGAAUAUUGGAGUAGGGACUUCCUUCUGUCUCUGUACUGAUGGUCAGCUUCAUGUCAGGCAAAUCCUGCAUCCUGAGGCUUCCAAGAAGAAUGUACUAUUACCUGAAUGCUUCUAUUCCUUUUUUGAUCUUCGAAAAGAAUUCAAGAAGUGUUGCCCUGGUUCACCUGAUAUUGACAAACUGGACACUGCCGCAAUGACAGAGUAUUUAAAUUUUGAGAAGAAUAGUUCAGUCUCUCGAUAUGGAGCCUCUCAAGUUGAAGAUAUGGGGAGUAUAAUUUUAGCAAUGAUUUCAGAGCCUUAUAAUCACAGGUUUUCAGAUCCAGAGAGAGUGAAUUACAAGUUUGAAAGUGGGACUUGCAGCAAGAUGGAACUUAUUGAUGAUAACACCGUAGUCAGGGCACGAGGUUUACCAUGGCAGUCUUCAGAUCAAGAUAUUGCAAGAUUCUUCAAAGGACUCAAUAUUGCCAAGGGAGGUGCAGCACUUUGUCUGAAUGCUCAGGGUCGAAGGAACGGAGAAGCUCUGGUUAGGUUUGUAAGUGAGGAGCACCGAGACCUAGCACUACAGAGGCACAAACAUCACAUGGGGACCCGGUAUAUUGAGGUUUACAAAGCAACAGGUGAAGAUUUUCUUAAAAUUGCUGGUGGUACUUCCAAUGAGGUAGCCCAGUUUCUCUCCAAGGAAAAUCAAGUCAUUGUCCGCAUGCGGGGGCUCCCUUUCACGGCCACAGCUGAAGAAGUGGUGGCCUUCUUUGGACAGCAUUGCCCUAUUACUGGGGGGAAGGAAGGCAUCCUCUUUGUCACCUACCCAGAUGGUAGGCCAACAGGGGAUGCUUUUGUCCUCUUUGCUUGUGAGGAAUAUGCACAGAAUGCAUUGAGGAAGCAUAAAGACUUGUUGGGUAAAAGAUACAUUGAACUCUUCAGGAGCACAGCAGCUGAAGUUCAGCAGGUGCUGAAUCGAUUCUCCUCGGCCCCUCUCAUUCCACUUCCAACCCCUCCCAUUAUUCCAGUACUACCUCAGCAAUUUGUGCCCCCUACAAAUGUUAGAGACUGUAUACGCCUUCGAGGUCUUCCCUAUGCAGCCACAAUUGAGGACAUCCUGGAUUUCCUGGGGGAGUUCGCCACAGAUAUUCGUACUCAUGGGGUUCACAUGGUUUUGAAUCACCAGGGCCGCCCAUCAGGAGAUGCCUUUAUCCAGAUGAAGUCUGCGGACAGAGCAUUUAUGGCUGCACAGAAGUGUCAUAAAAAAAACAUGAAGGACAGAUAUGUUGAAGUCUUUCAGUGUUCAGCUGAGGAGAUGAACUUUGUGUUAAUGGGGGGCACUUUAAAUCGAAAUGGCUUAUCCCCACCGCCAUGUAAGUUACCAUGCCUGUCUCCUCCCUCCUACACAUUUCCAGCUCCUGCUGCAGUUAUUCCUACAGAAGCUGCCAUUUAUCAGCCCUCUGUGAUUUUGAAUCCACGAGCACUGCAGCCCUCCACAGCGUACUACCCAGCAGGCACUCAGCUCUUCAUGAACUACACAGCAUACUAUCCCAGCCCCCCAGGUUCGCCUAAUAGUCUUGGCUACUUCCCUACAGCUGCUAAUCUUAGCGGUGUCCCUCCACAGCCUGGCACGGUGGUCAGAAUGCAGGGCCUGGCCUACAAUACUGGAGUUAAGGAAAUUCUUAACUUCUUCCAAGGUUACCAGUAUGCAACCGAGGAUGGACUUAUACACACAAAUGACCAGGCCAGGACUCUACCCAAAGAAUGGGUUUGUAUUUAAGGGCCCCAGCAGUUAGAACAUCCUCAGAAAAGAAGUGUUUGAAAGAUAUAUGGUGAUCUUGAAACCGCCAGACAUGAGAAAACUUCUAGCAAAUUCAGGGGAAGUUUGUCUACACUCAGGCUGCAGUAUUUUCAGCAAACUUGAUUGGACAAACGGGCCUGUGCCUUAUCUUUUGGUGGAGUGAAAAAAUUUGAGCCAGUGAAGCCAAAUCCUUACAGCAAGCAGCAUGCAGCAUACCUGGCUCUUUGCUGAUUGCAAAUAGGCAUUUAAAAUGUGAAUUUGGAAUCAGAUGUCUCCAUUACUUCCAGUUAAAGUGGCAUCAUAGGUGUUUCCUAAGUUUUAAGUCUUGGAUAAAAACUCCACCAGUGUCUACCAUCUCCACCAUGAACUCUGUUAAGCUUCAUUUUUGUGUAUUCCCACUCUUUUCUCUUCAUUUCCCUGUCUUCUGCAUAAUCAUGCCUUCUUGCUAAGUAAUUCAAGCAUAAGGUCUUGGAAUAAUAAAAUCACAAUCUUAGGAGAAAGAAUAAAACUGUUAUUUUCCCAGUCUCUUGGCCAUGAUGAUAUCUUAUAAUUAAAAACAAAUUAAAAUAAAUUUUAAAACACCUGAAGAUAAAUUAGAAGAAAUUGUGCGCCCUCCACAAAACAUACAAAGUUUAAAAGUUUAGAUCUUUUUCUCAGCAGGUAUCAGUUGUAAAUAAUGAAUUAGGGGCCAAAAUGCAAAACGAAAAAUGAAGCAGCUACAUGUAGUCAGUAAUUUCUAGUUUGAACUGUAAUUGAAUAUUGUGGCUUCAUAUGUAUUAUUUUAUAUUGUACUUUUUUCAUUAUUGAUGGUUUCGACUUCAAUAAGAGAAAUUCCAUAGUUUUUAAUAUCCCAGAAGUGAGACAAUUUGAACAGUGUAUUCUAGAAAACAAUACACUAACUGAACAGAAGUGAAUGCUUAUAUAUAUAUAUUAUGAUAGCCUUAAACCUUUUUCCUCUAAUGCCUUAACUGUCAAAUAAUUAUAACCUUUUAAAGCAUAGGACUAUAGUCAGCAUGCUAGACUGAGAGGUAAACACUGAUGCAGUUAGAACAGGUACUGAUGCUGUCGGUGUUUAACACUAUGUUUAGCUGUGUUUAUGCUAUAAAAGUGCAAUAUUAGACACUAGCUAGUACUGCUGCCUCAUGUAACUCCAAAAAAAACAGGAUUUCAUUAAGUGCAUUGAAUGUGGAUAUUUCUUUAAGUUACUCAUAUUGUCCUUUGCUUGAAUGCAAUGCCGUGCAGAUUUAUGUGGCUGCUAUUUUUAUUUUCUGUGCAUUACUUUAACACCUUAAAGGGAGAAGCAAACAUUUCCUUCUUCAGCUUACCGGCAAUGGCCCUUUAACUGCAAUAGGAAGAAAAAAAGGUUUGUGUGAAAAUUGGUGAUAACUGGCACUUAAGAUCGAACAGAAAUUUCUAUAUACUUGAUGCCUUAAGAUGCCCAAAGCCGCCCAAAGCUCUGAAAGACUUUAAGAUAGGCAGUAAUGCUUACUACAAUACUACUGAGUUUUUGUAGAGUUAACAUUUGAUAAUAAAACUUGCCUGUUUAAUCUCAA